UAUCAGGACAGGCUCUGCUUUUCAGCAGUCAUUGGACUUCAGCAUGAUUACUUCUCAGUUGCUGACUUACGUGGCAAUUUUGGUUCUCUGUAUCUUAAGAGCCAGCUCCCUGGAUACUUUCAUUGCAGCUGUUUAUGAGCAUGCCGUGAUAUUGCCUAAUACCACAGGAACACCCGUGUCUCCUGAAGAGGCACUGGCAUUAAUGAAUCGGAAUCUGGAUCUUCUGGAAGGAGCAAUCACGUCAGCAGCCAAGCAGGGUGCACAUAUUAUUGUGACCCCAGAAGAUGGUAUUUAUGGCUGGGAUUUCAACAGGGCAUCUCUCUACCCAUACUUGGAGGAUAUCCCAGACCCUCAGGUAAACUGGAUUCCUUGUAAUAAUCCUAACAGAUUUGGCCAAACUCCAGUACAAGAAAGACUCAGCUGCCUGGCCAAGGACAACUCUAUCUAUGUCGUCGCAAAUAUUGGAGACAAGAAGCUUUGCAAUGCCAGUGACCCCCAGUGUCCUCCUGAUGGCUGGUACCAAUAUAACACAGAUGUGGUGUUUGAUUCUCAGGGGAAACUAGUAGCGCGCUACCACAAGCAAAACCUUUUUAUGGGCGAAGAACAGUUCAAUGUUCCAAAGGAGCCUGAGGUUGUGACCUUUGACACCACUUUUGGAAAGUUUGGCAUUUUCACGUGCUUUGAUAUACUCUUCCAUGAUCCUGCUGUUACCCUGGUGAAAGAUCAUCAUGUGGACACCAUACUCUUCCCAACAGCGUGGAUGAAUGUUUUACCACAUUUAUCAGCUAUUGAAUUCCAUUCAGCUUGGGCUAUGGGCAUGGGAGUCAAUUUUCUUGCAGCCAAUACACAUUGUCCUUCAAAGAAAAUGACAGGAAGUGGCAUAUAUGCACCUGAUUCUCCCAGAGCAUUUCAUUAUGACAUGAAGACAGAGGAGGGAAAACUCCUCCUUGCACAACUGGAUUCUCACCCACACCACACAGUAGUGAAUUGGGCUUCUUAUGCCAGCAGCAUAGAACCACUUUCAAAGGGAAACCAGGAAUUUAAGGGCACUGUCUUCUUUGAUGAAUUCACUUUCGUGGGGCUCACAGAAGCCACAGGAAAUUACACAGUGUGUCAGAAAGAUCUCUGCUGUCACCUAAGCUACAAGAUGUCUGAGAAGAGAUCAGAUGAAGUUUAUGCCCUAGGGGCAUUUGAUGGACUGCAUACUGUUGAAGGGCGCUAUUAUCUACAGAUCUGUACCCUUCUGAAGUGUAGAACCACUGGCUUAAACACUUGUGGGCACUCAGUUGAAACAGCUUCUACUACGUUUGAGAUGUUCUCCCUCAGUGGUACUUUUGGAACCCAGUAUGUCUUCCCUGAGGUAUUGCUGAGUGACACUAAGCUUGCACCUGAAGAAUUCCAGGUGUCUAGUGAUGGACGCCUGAUGAGCCUGAAGCCAACAUCUGGACCUGUCUUAACAGUAACUCUGUUUGGAAGGUUGUAUGAGAAGGAUCAGGCAUCAGAUGCUUCCUCAGAUCUCACAGCACAAGCCCUGGGAAUCAUUUUAACAGUUGUAAUAAAUAUUGUGUGCUCUUUAUUUUGGUAGGAUAAUUAUAUAUUUCAUCUCUUUUAUUUGGGAUAAUUUAAAAAUAUGGUGAAUGAGAAAAGGAUUGUCUUGGAUUUUGCAAAUAGUAGUUUGUGGUAUUUUUAAAUUACAAAUAUACAUUUGUCUUUGUUUAGAAGAACACGUAUCAAUAUAUAUGUUAAUUUGCAAAAACUAUUUGAGCUUUGUUCUUUCCUGAAAUUGGGUUGUUUGUAUCAAAUUGGACUCACAAAUGCUUUCUGCAGAAGAAAUAAAAAUUACAUCAAAUUUCUUCUAAAAUACACUUAAGUUUGAAAUCUUUUUUCCAAAGAUUUAUUUAUUUAUUUGAAAGAGUUACAGAGAGAGAGAAGAAGAGGCAAAGAGCGAGAGAGAUCUUCCAUCCUCUGGUUCACUUCCCAAAUGACCACAAUGACUAGAGCUGUGCCGAUCUGAAGCCAGGAGCCAGGAGCUUCUUCUGGGUCUGAGCUUCUUCUAGGUCUCCCAACCGGGGGGCAGGGGCCCAAGGGCUUGGGCCAUCUUCUACUGCUUUCCUAGGCCAUAGCAGAGAGCUAAAUCAUAAGUGGAGCAGUCUGGACUGGAACCAGCACCCAUAUAGGAUGCUGGCACUUCAGGUGGCAGCUUUACUCGCUACACCACAGCGUCAGCCUCCCAAGUCUGUAAUAUUUACCACUUUUAUUAAAACACACAUCUCUUAUUCCAUUAUGCUUAAAUUUUCUAAAGAGUUUUAUUUGUUUUCUGUGCUUAGUUACUUACCUAUAUAAUACAUUUCAAUUCUCCUGUGGGCUGAAUAGUGUCUCCCAAAAUUUAUGUUUUAAAGUCACCACCUCCAGAGGUAAUUAAAUUGAAAUGAGGUGUACUCUAAUCCAGUUGUUAUUAUAAGAAGAGAUUAGGAUAUAGGAAAUAGACUCGCUCAGAGAGGAGAGCAUGUGCAGUCACAGAAAAGGAAAACCAUCCUCAAGUCCUAUAGAGGGGCCCUCAGAAGAAACCAACCCUGCUGACAACUUGACCUUGGACUUCCAGCCUCCAGGAUCAUUAGAUAAUAAAACCUCCGUGUUUAAGACAUUCAGACUGGAGGAUAUUCAUACAAAUCACAAUUCUCUCUUCCCUGUCCCCAGCACCAUUUUCCAGCAUAACCAGAAGCCUGAGUCAAAAUGGGUCAUUUACUAAGAAUAUCCAACUGUUCUGGGUUCCCAAUACUCUAACAGACAUCCUUACAGAAGGAUUGCUGAUAGCUUGAUAGUGAAACCACCAUACUACAAUAUCCUCUGCAAUUAGGAUAUCACAAAGUUAUAUUUAUAAAGUUAUAUGUUUAUCUGACAUUAAAUAUUAUUUUCAGAAAUAGCAGAAGUAGUUGACAUUUGAUGAUUUAGUGAAACAGAGAACAUAGCUUUUGUUAGGAAGAGACAAAGAAAGAGCUUUCAUUGUUAGUUCACUCCUCAAAUGCCCAACAGUGGCCAGUGGGCUGAAGCUGGGAGCCAGAAACUCAAUCAGGUCUACUAUGUUGGUGGCAGGAACCCAAUUACUUAUGACACCACCACUGGGGUGUGGUGCAGCAGGUCAAAGCUCUGGCCUGAAGUGCUGGCAUCCCAUAAGGGCACUGGUUCUAGUCCCAGCUGCUCCUCUUCCAAUCCAGUUCUCUGCUAUGGCCUAGGAAAGCAGUAGAAGAUGGCCCAAGUCCUUGGGUCCCUGCACCCAUGUGAGAGACCUGAAAGAAGCUCCUGGCUCCUGGUUUUGGAUUGGUGCAGCUCUGGCUAUUGCACCAUUUGGGGAGUGAACCAGCGGAUGGAUGACCUCCCUCUCUCUCUCUCUCUCUCCCUCUCUCUAUGUCUCUACCUGUCUCUGUAACUCUGUCUUUCAAAUAAAUAAAAAUAAAUCUUGAAGAAAACAUCACCAUUGUCUCCUAGCAUAUGCAUUAGCAGGAAUCUGUAGUCAGAAACCAGAGUUAAGAAUUGAACCCAGGCACUUCAGUAUGGAUAUAGACAUUGUAAAUCCUAGGCCAAUUCAAAAUAAUUCUCAAUUGAUGAAUUAUCAAUACAUCAUUAACAUGAACUUCAUACUAUACCAGACAUGGUCUUCUGCAAAGGGCAGAAGGUUACCAGAAGCAGUGACCCACACCAGCAAUACAUCAUCUUGAAAGAAACAUUUUUUUUUUUUUUUGUAACAGCUACUUUUCCUGGAAAAUAUUUAAAUACCAUUUUAUGCUUUUGGUGAAAUUAAGCAAUUUUUUAAAAAGAUCUAAGUAAAAACAAGAAAUCUCAUCAUGUAUUUAGGAAUAGGAAUCCCAGAGGAAGAUCUCAAUAUUGUGAUAUAGUUUUAAUUUAAAGUAGAAAAUAUGCUGGUAUGUCAGUGACAGUCUUGAAAUAUUGAAGAUGGAAAAAUGCUGCAUGCUUCUCUUCUGUUCAGCACUGACAAUGGUAUUAAUUAUUCAUGUGGUAUAACAAAUAAUCCCCAAAUUAAUAUCUUAACACAACAAACAUUUAUUAGAGAGUUUCUGAGGGUCAGGAUCUCAGGGUGGCUUAGUCGGAUCAUUAUGGUUCAGGAUCACUCUUCAAGCUGUAGUUAAGCAGUCACCGGGGUUGCAGUUACCUCAAGGCUCUGAUGCAGCUGGGCAUCUGCUUCUGAGCACAUGCACAUAGCUGUUGAUAGGACUCUUUUCCUUGCUGGAAGUUGGCUGAUGGCUUCUGUCCUCACCAUGUGGGGUUUUCUAAAGGGUGCUAUAAAGUUUUCACAAAAUGGUAACUGGCUUAUUCCAGAGUGAUGGUAUUGAGAAAGAGAGAGAGAGAGAAAUAACCUAAAACAGAAGCUGCAAUCUUUUAGAACCUAAUCCUAGGAGUGACGUCACUUCUGCCACAUGCUGUAGGUCACACAGGCUCAGCGUGGUACAAAACCAGAGAGAAUCACACAAAGUUGAAAAAUCAGGGAUGGGAAUCACUGGGGACCAUCUUGGGUGCUGGCUAUAAUGGUGAACAGAAGAAUUUGUAUUGACUCAUGUAUUUAUCUGCUUUAUAAUGUCAAAGCAUUGAAUUGUUUUUCCUUUUCACUACAUGUAAUAUGAGUAUUUCAAAUAUUUGUGGAAAAAUGGGAUGAAAAGAUAAGUUUACAUUGGUGCAAGAAUUUCAGAAUCUAUGCAUAGCUUUUGCAUUAUACUCACUUUCAUAAACUUUUUGAAGACCCAUUCAUGUAUCUCAAAAAUAGAAUUCCAACAUUUGUGUCUGAAAAGUACUAUAUCAAAAACUUUUUUGUAAUGACUUUUAUAAUUAAAUUAAAUAUUUUAAUAUUG